AUGAAUAAAAAGAUCAAUCAUUUGGAAGACCGAAUUCGAUCCAUCAACAUUAUAUAUGAGAGAAUAGAUGAAUUGGCUGAACGCAUUAAUUUACUGCAUACGCUCUUUGACAAAUUAAAAGAAAAUUUCGAUGCCAAAUUAAUGUCCUAAGACGAUAAAAUAACAAGUGUCAAUUCCAAGAUAAAUAAGUUAAAAAAUGAGGACAUCCAACUAUUACAUAAUCUCAUUAAAAAAGCAUCCACUGCAUCUAAAGAGCUCUCAACAGAAAUGCAGAACAUAAAAACAAAGGACUUUCGAUAAUCGGAAGUGCUCUUGAAAUAGGAAUUGAGACAAUCCAAAAUAUUGGGAGAACGAUUACAAUCUCCUCUGCUGAAUUAGCGAAUCGAAACAUACUAGAAAACAGACAGAAUGAGAUCCAUCACACUUGAGAAGGACAAAGGACAAGAUCCAAAAGGGAAGCAAGAAAAAGAGGAAGACGACCUGAAUAAAAACAUCAAGUCAAUAACCAAAACAGACACUUAGAAACUCAUCGAUAAAUAUCAAUUCACUUUGCAAAACAAAGUAGAAAAUGAAAAUCAACAAAGAUUCAGCAAUGUGAAGAUUGAGGGAGGAACAAAUUCAGAUUAAGUCAAAUUACUAACAUUUCAAUAGCAAUCUCUAUUAGAAAGAACUAUAUCUCAAGAUCACAUACCGAAAUCCAAGUAUCUAAAUUGUACUAACUAAAUGAAGGAAUAGUUAAAAAAUCUUAGGAAAUGA